CGGCCGGAGCCGCCAUGCCGGAGGGGACGGGAGCGCUCCGGGAGGUGCUGCCCAAGCAAGGGCAGCUGUCGGUGGAGGACACGGCAGCGCUGGUGCUGUGCAAGCCCAAGAUCCUGCCCCUCAAGUCGGUGUCGCUGGAGAAGCUGGAGAAGCUGCAGAGGGCGGCGCUGGAGGCGGCCCCGCCGCCCGAGGCGGCCCCGCCGCCGCCCGCGGGGGCCGCGCCGGCCCGGCCGUAGCGGGGCGGGCCGUGCCCGGCGCCCGCGAUCGGAGGUACCGCGGGGCGGGCGGGCCGCGCGUCGGGCGCUGCUGGUGCAGAAGCUGCGCUGGUCGCUGCCCUGGCGCUGUUUAAACGCGAAUUUAGAGAACCAGAACCCCUCGGAAAGCGGGAGGAGGCGAGUUCCACACACCCUGCUCCAAGCCGGGUUUACCAGACCCGCUCGAGCACGAUCCGCUUGGCUCCUAGAGCACAGCGAGUUCCCGGCCCUGGCAUGGCUAUUCCCAGCAUUUCAGAACACCUGAAAUCUGAACGUGAAACUGAAAAACAAUGGAGAGCCUCUACUGAGUUCCUGUAAGCGAGUCAUCCUUAGAUCCAUCUUGUUCUUGAGGAACGGCUUCACGAAGCUGCAAAGACACAGUCACAGUAUCUGUGCCAGCCUGGACACUCCUACGCAAGUCAGUUGUGUUUUCCAAAACAGAUCUCGUAAAUACUCACUUGCCAUGAGCUUAAUUAUUCUGUGCUCUCCUCCUGAUUGCAAUACCAAAGGGCAGCAUUGGAUGUACUGCUUAAUUUAUUCCGUUUAAAAUAAAUAAAAAGGAAACAAGA